AUGAAGAAGACCUCCGACUCGACGCCGGGCGUCCCCCGCUCCCGCUCCGCAAGCGGUCGAGCGGGCUCGCGACGCGAUCCGGCCCGGGCCGUCGAGACUCCGAAACCCGCACCGCGCCCCCCCGCCCUCGGAGCGGGGGAGGCCCUUUACGACACCGGAAUACACCGGACUUUGUCGGAUCCGGGGUUGAGCCGCCCACGCCCUUGCGUGCGAGCGCCCCCCGCGACUCCGCACAUCAGCGCCGCCGCCGCCGCCGCGAGCACCACCACCACCACUACCGCUACCGUCGCCGCCGAGAUCGCCGCGACGCCUUUCCCGAAUUCUCUCCUGGAUUCUGUCGAAUCCCACUUCCUUGCCCUAUCGCAAGGCUCUCCCGAGACCCUGGACGCAAUGUUCCGGUCCCUGUCUGGAGACGUUCCUCCUGCGCCGCGGGGCUCCCCGAGGGCGUUACUUUAUUCCGACGCAAUUGCUUAUGCAAUUGUAAGGAAGCAAGUGGCGUUCUCGGACGGCCUACACGCGGCGGUCAGGGCGUACCUCGACAGGGUCGAGACGGAGCUAAGGGCCGAGGGAUUGCUGAGCACUCCCUUAACGCAGGACGAGUCGGCCGUUGCCCACGGCAACAUAGCACGGUCGACCCCCCUGCGUCGCCCUCGCCCGGAAUCCCCUUCCUCUCCUGACCGGGACUCUAAGAGGCCGUGUCAGGACUCCGCCUUUCCGUCCCUCCCGGAACCCCUCUCACAGCGGGAUCCUCGGUUGCGACGACGACUCGCGCUCCCCGUACCGGAGCCCGCCGCCGCUGCCGCGCCCGAUGCGCGUGCCUCGCGAGACGCGCCUUCCGCACCAGCCGCGCGCACCACUCAAGCCGCGCCUGCCUUGCGCGCUUCGCCUGCAGCGCCUGCCGCGCCCGCCGCAACCGCCGCGACCACCGCGACCGCCGCGACCGCCGCGACCGCCGCGACCGCCGCGCCCGCCGCGCAGGCCACUGACCCAGCCGUCGACUCUGGGGUCAACGCAUUGGCCGCGCCCGCCGCCGCGCCGUCAUUCGCGCAAAUGGCCGCUACACCCACGGUGGGACGCCGACCUACCCCGCCGCAACAACAACAGCAGUCGCAAACGAGCCAGACCACGAAGACCGCGGCGCCUAGAUACCCACCGUUGGUCGUGGAAACACUUCCGGAUUGGGUGUCGCACUUCCGCGCCCUCAAAGAUCGUCUCGGCCGCGCUCCCAGCGCGCGACCCUUCGGGAAGGGAGUUCAGGUUUCUUUUCAUAGAAAAAAGUCAUCGAUAGUAUUUAAAUAA